GCAAGAUGUCGCCGGCGCUCGUCGAGGAGGAGCUCGUCGGAGAGGUCCCGUCCACCGAGCAGUCCCUCAAGAAAGGCCUUCAGAACAAGGAAGAAGAUGAGGAGGUCGUCGUGGAGGAUGUGAAGGAUGAGGACGAUGAGGAUGACGAUGAUGACGACGACGACGAUGACGACGACAAGGAAGACGGCGCUCAAGGUGGAAAUGAGUCUUCGAAGCAAAGCAGGAGUGAGAAGAAGAGUCGCAAGGUAAUGAUGAAGCUUGGGAUGAAGCAAGUCACUGGUGUUAGCAGGGUCACCAUCAAGAGAGCCAAAAACAUUCUGUUUUUUAUCUCGAAACCUGAUGUGUUCAAGAGUCCAAACUCUGACACGUAUGUCAUAUUUGGUGAGGCCAAGAUUGAGGAUUUGAGCUCUCAGCUACAGACACAGGCUGCCCAGCAGUUCAGGAUGCCAGACAUGAGUUCCGUGAUGGCCAAACCAGAGAUUUCUGGCGCUGGUGCUGGAGCCCCUGCAGAUGAAGAGGAAGAAGAGAUUGAUGAAACCGGUGUUGAAGCUCGGGACAUUGAUUUGGUCAUGACACAGGCUGGGGUAUCAAGGAGCAAGGCAGUCAAGGCUCUCAAGACUCACAGCGGGGACAUUGUCAGUGCUAUCAUGGAGCUUACCACUUAAUGUGGUUGAGGAUUUAAUAAUCUUCAGUAUUUACUUGAUCAUGAGAUUUUUGAUAUAUGUUGUCAGUGUCAGUAAUUAUCUAGUUAUGCCGGAUUGAGCUUUCUUUUAGUUUUAAACUCGAGACAUUAACAGCACGGCUUUUGUAUUGCUGAUAUCUUUCUCAUGAUUUAUGAAGGUCUUUAUUAUUCUUCA